GUCUCUUUGCCAUUCCAUGGGGGAAAUUGCUCUGGUGAAACAAAGAAUUAUAUUUCAGGGAAACAUAGAACUGUUAGUGGGAGUAAGACUAUGGAAAGAGGACCCUCAAAGCCCUCGAGUUCUGACACUUCAGGUAGAGUAUCUCAGAAAACAGAGCGGAUCUCUAAAGGCAGCUUAACUGAAACGUCUUCCCGGAGGAGCCCAUCAAAUUUACAGACGCGAACGUGUCCUGGUUUCGUUUCUGCUGAGCAGAAAGAACAGAGGCACAAAGUAGAGAAGAAAAGAUGCAGAACUGAGGAACCACCAAGGACUAGAAGGGAGAGCAACAGUAUGAAGACCAAGGAACCAAGCAGGACGUCCUCUGUCUUCACAGAUUCUUUACUGGAGAAGAGAAAGGAGCUGACCAAAAAGAUGUGCCAACGGCAUCAAGAGACUGAGUCAAAGGCCAAAAGGAGCCGGUGUACAGACGCUAAACCUCCAUCUGCCUCCACCACAAACCGGUCCUCCUCAGCAAAGCACACUACCUCAGAGAGAAGCUCAAAGCUGGUGAAGAGUGUCACUUCAAUCCAGAGUAGAGUCACACCAUCGUCACAUAAGACAGCUAGGUCAUCAUCUGCUCUGCAUCAAAAAGAUUCUCUCACACCAUCUCUGCCUCCCAAUUUUAAGAUACCAAAGAAGGUUCAACCAAGACCAGUGGAUUGUAAAGACAACAACAGUGAUGCCAUUCCUGCUAAAAGAAAUCUCAAACAUGGGACUGAGCUUUCAGACUCUGGGGCCAAAGUAACAAACUCCAAGCAGGAAACAGUUCAACAACUUCAGAGCUUUUUCAAUGUAACUCAGAGUCUUUCAUCUGAAGGACAAGAUAAGAGGUCUUCCUUGUCUGACCCAAUCCAAACUGUAUGCGAUGCCACCCAAGAGCCAUGGUACGACCAGAUGCAGGUGGUUGAUGAGCUUCAUCUUGCCCGUAAUGAGAAGAAAUUGGAGGUGAAUGUAAUGCAGAGCUAUGGAGAACUGACCUGUAUGGACAUAGAUCCUCAAGAAGAGCAAGCUACAGAUCAAUACUGUAAACAAUCCCCCCCACAAAACCUUAUCCUGGUUCUGGACACCAACAUUCUCCUCAGUCACCUGGAUUAUGUGAAAAAGAUCCAAUCUCUUGGCCUUGGAGCCCUGGGCUUCCCUGUUGUCCUGAUCCCCUGGGUGGUGCUUCAGGAGUUGGAUUCCUUAAAAAGAGGGAAAGGCCUGUCAGGUUCUGUGGCACACCUGGCUACUCCUGCCAUAUCGUACAUUUACAACACUCUGAAGGGCCGGGAAUCGAACCUCUGGGGCCAAUCGAUGCAGCAGGCCGCUGAGAGCAGCAAUGGCCUGAAUGCUGAGAAUAAUGAUGACAGAGUUCUGCAGUGCUGCCUGCAAUACCAGAGUCUGUACCCAGGGCGUGCUCUCAUCCUAUGCUCUAAUGAUAAGAACCUGUGCAGUAAAGCCCUCCUGAGCGGGGUGAAGGCCCUCAGCAAGAAUGAUUUGGAGGCAGAGGUUGGGAGAUCGAGACAAAGCCCUCAUCCUCUCCUAAACAUUCAGGCUCCCAUGGUGCCUCAAACAAGACCUGAGAUCUCAUCACCACCCCUGAGCAGGAGUCACACGCCAGCCCAGCCUCAUACUCAAGAGAGAACAGGCCUUUCUGUGGCACCCGUAAUGAAAUAUAAACAGCAGCUCAGUGGAGGAGAAGAAGCGAAGGCAAAAUGGGACCUUAGUGGAUGUCUUUCUGAGCUAGAAGAUAGCCUGCGGGAAGUGCUGUCACAUGUGUUGGAGGUGGAGAUGAAGGCGGCUUAUGAAGACCUCUGGUUAGAGCAACGAGGACAUUCAUUUAAGUGUAAAACCGUGGACUGUGAUGCUACUUUAAAGGCCCUUCAAGGAGCCAAGGAGCUUGUGAAAGCAUUUGGGAAAAGUUCGAGCCUUGUAGCCGGUUCCAUUUCCAUAAUGGACAACAUUUUCAAUAAGCUACAACCUCAGCUUCAUCUGUGUGUGUCGGGGGAACCUCCUGCCUGCGAUGUUGUCAUGAAUGAUGACGACGAUGAAGAUGUCAUGUUUGCUCAGGUCACUCAUCAGGAAGUAUGGGCCCUGUUUGAGAACAUCUGGUGCAACGUGUAUCAAGUAAGCUUGGAAGUGUUCAAAGCGCUGGGCUUUGACCCUCACACCAUGCAGAGUGUUCAGCCAGCGGGGGUUCCUCCGCCACCACAGGACGCUUUGGCUUGUUUGCAGAAACUGUCCACCAUGGUCUCACAGCUGCUUCAAGCCUUCAGCAGUGUGUUGUCCUCCGUCCCUAGUUUGGAGAAAGUCCAGACACUGCUCAGCAUCAUCCACUCUCACAAGGUUGUUAAUGUGGACUCCAGACUGACAGCCGAAGACCUGCUUAAUUGUUUCUCACAACAGGAGUACAGGAGCAACCACUGUGUUCUCAGGGAGAAGCUGAGAGUCGGAGGGACGCAGCUCCAGGGUCUGCACGAGGCCCUGGAUCGUUGUGUCGGGGCCACAGGUCACAACAUCACCUUCAGGACGUCGCCCUGAACGGACACAUAUCAGGUCGUCAGCCUUGAAUUAACUCAUAGAAGGAAAAGCUGUGAGGGACGUUUGCCGUUAUGGUGCCUCCUGCUGCUGUUUUAUUUUUAUGGGUUCUCAUUCAUUUUAUUCCAGAGACCACGCUGUUGUGUUCCCCUGAACGAAUGACUGUAGAUGUUCUGGAUAAAUCUGAAGGAGAAAUCGGUUAUUAAAUGGAGCUUGUAUGUUUUGCAUCCGGCUGUUUUCAAUGUUUUCUAAACUUCAUUUAGAUAUUUUACACUUGGAUCCUGCAAAAUGAUCAAAACGACUCAGCAGUGGUUUCUCAUCUUGUUUAUAUUUCAGGUGUUUAGUUCAGUUUGUUAUUUAUACUCAAAGUUUUAUUUUGAUGAAAAGGUUAAAUCACAGCGUUGGUUUUUAUUAUUAUCAUCAUCAUCAUCUAAAUGUUUAAAUUAGCUUUUGACAUUUUUGUGGGAAUUUGGAUUUUUAAUUAGUGACAUUUUUGAACCACGUGAAUGUGUGAUGAUAGAGGACACUUCAGACGAAUGGCUCAAAGUAGAACAAAUACAGUCAGGGCCCAACAGACGCCUUCAACUCUGCACCAGAUCCCUCAUACGGGGGGGGGUGUAAUAAGCAUUCAAUCCUUGUACUUCCGUCUCCCAAUGACAGUUUAAAUAGAUGAUUCAGACAGCCAGGGUUUCAUAAGUCACAUGACAUACCUGUUACACUCAGUUUACAAAUGACACGUCUACCCUCCCUCCCACAUGUAGCGGAGUGGGGCCGUGCACGUGUGAAUUACACCAACAUUUAGCUCUCACCACUUAGUAACAAACAUUAGCUGGUAAUGUUGGUGAUUAAUUUGCAUAUUGGUUGAUCUGUGAAUUUUGAGGCUGGGACAGUUUUGAAUUAGAAUUUUCAUGCUUAGAUAUAAGUUGAAUGUCUCUUCACUGUUUUUCAACUCAGACUUGAUUAAAUAGAUGUUUUCAGUUUUUUGUCAAUGUUUCCAAGAAUAAGUGUAAAUUAUUUGAGAACAAAAUAUAUUUUAAGUAAAAGAGUUUUAUGUUAAAAACAAGAAAUUAAAAAAUU